AUGAAUAUAUCUCCAUUAUUAUCACGAUUGAAUAGGAUCUGUGUUUAUGCACUUCUCCCUUUCGAUUUUAUUUUAAAAGAUUUCCAAUUAAAUUUGUAUAGUAAUGUGAUAAGAAAAGAAUGGAGUUUAUCUACAUUGAAUACUAGUUAUCUACCAAUUGAAGCUUAUUAUUCUGUUGAAUUAUGUUAUAUCGCUCCAAAAGCUUCCAUAUUGAUAGAUAAUGGUAAACCAAAUGAGUAA